AUGACGAGGACACUCCGGACGACUAGGAACAUUGACGAGGACGCUCCGGACGGCCAGGAACAUGACGAGGACGCUCCGGACGACCAGGAACAUGACGAGGACGCUCCGGACGACCAGGAACAUGACGAGGACACUCCGGACGACCAGGAACAUGACGAGGACGCUCCGGACGACCAGGAACAUGACGAGGACGCUCCGGACGGCCAGGAACAUGACGAGGACACUCCGGACGACCAGGAACAUGACGAGGACGCUCCGGACGACCAGGAACAUGACGAGGACGCUCCGGACGGCCAGGAACACGACGAGGACGCUCCGGACGACCAGGAACAUGACGAGGACGCUCCGGACGACCAGGAACAUGACGAGGACGCUCCGGACGGCCAGGAACAUGACGAGGACGCUCCGGAACAUGAGGACACUCCGGACGGCCAGGAACAUGACGAGGACACUCCGGACGACCAGGAACAUGACGAGGACGCUCUGGACGACCAGGAACAUGACGAGGACGCUCCGGACGACCAGGAACAUGACGAGGACGCUCCGGACGACCAGGAACAUGACGAGGACGCUCUGGACGACCAGGAACAUGACGAGGACGCUCUGGACGACCAGGAACAUGACGAGGACGCUCCGGACGACCAGGAACAUGACGAGGACGCUCCGGACGACCAGGAACAUUGA